GUCGUAACCGUUCCCGGUCAGAUGCUCUUUCCGUGUUGCAUCGCGCUGCACCGCGCGCCGCGCCAUUCCCUUUUUACUUCCCUUUUCUUCCGCCACGUGCAUUCAGCGACAACGUGGCGGUGACCGUUGUGCCGCGCGCGCCGCACGUUCUCACCUGUGAUUAGUCGACGGACGGGGGUUCGACGAAGGCUCGUUCGGGCUAAUUUAAAAAUAAAUUAAAGCCCGCCGGCACGUCGGUCGCGACUCUACUCCGAUCGAACCAGCCAGUGCACUUCAUUAAGAGUUAAAAGCCGCACUGAACCAAGUCGUCGCGUGUGCGAUUGCAGUAAAGCAGUGCAUACUCGCGCCGGGUCGGAUCGUCGACGGCGUGCACGAUUACGCACUCGCGCCGCUCGUUCCUCGCCGCCGUCGACGCGCAAUUCGCUCGAGUCGAAUUACGUGUGCGAUGACGCGCGGUAAACACGUGCGAGCGUGGCGAUUCACGUCGUCAGUAAGUGCGUGCUAGUGCGUCGCGCAAUCGGAACCCCUUCCCCGAUGGUCCUUGCGAAUAACCUCUAUCUACUACGCGUUAAUGCUCGCGCAAAAACGACCGAACAUAACCUCUAACGGGCCUCUCGAUUUUGCGCGCGUAUCUCGUACGCAUCAUUUAGUCGUAUCAUCUUCGUCUUUGUCUGCAUCGUGCCGCAUUUAGGCGAAUUAGUGGCGUUUGUGCGCGCAUAUUCCUCGACAUUUUGCGUCACGGUCGAAAGAGUGAACGAGGUGCGCGCCGUCGACCAGGAAACGUCCAUUCGCGACGACGUCUCCUCGAGAGAGAACUCCCGGACAGGUCGUGGUCGCGCGAAUAUUCGCGCGAUCCAACUAACUUGUCAUCGACUCUCUGGACAUCGUGAGAGAAAUGUCGACGAUGAAGCACGACGUCUAGGACAUGCUGUCAGUCACCAGUGCAGUCGCUACUGAUCGAGGGAUGUUACUCAGACAGACAUAGAUGAAAUGGCUCGCAGUUUGCCAGAUCGAGUGGCGGGGGCCUACUAUACCCAUGGCCUGUUCCUCUCGUCUCAUCCUAUCGCCGCGAUCUCAAUCGCGAUAUCAGUUCUUCUGUUGUGCUGUUAUCCCCUCGUCAAUUUACCCAUGCCAGGCAAUGCUCCGAAGAUCGUGAUAAACCACACUGCUAUACCAGUCAAUGGCACAGAAACUUCAGUAUUGUACGUUCAGCAAGUAGUGCUCAGGGUCGGAGUGAUACCAUGGGCAGAAGACCUGACCCUGAUGGACGCCUUCAGAGGGCCUCUUUACGAGGUGUUCAACCUCUUGGAGAUUAUACAGAAUUAUCAACACCCAGAAACAUUGAAAACACUGGGCCAAGUGUGCCUACACAUUGAAGCAGUUAAGAAGAGAAAUGGGAAAAAACCAGAAGUUCUACCAGAAUACAACUGCCUUGUGCUGUCACCUGCAAAUCUGUGGCAGCAAAGUAUAGAGUUGUUCUCCCAAGAUACAAAUCUUAUUAAUACAAUAUUUUCUUAUCAGAAUUUUCAGAAGGGUAAGAUAAGUCUCGCGGAGGUGAUGUUUGGAAUGAACCUAAAGGAAACGGGCAUCAAGAGGUAUCCUAUUCGGAUUCGUCAGAGGAUUCUCCAAUACGCUGUGACCAUAUAUUUAAAAGAGUAUGAUCACGAAUUCAUAAAGGGGCUGCAACAUCGACUGAGGAGCUAUUAUAAACUUCAUCAGAAUAAUGUUGACAAUGUCACCGUUGUGGACGCGCAGGACGAAAUGUUGAAUAUCUUCUAUCCCGGGAAAUUCGACUAUAGCGAGUUCUUCCCGUUGAUGAUGGGAAUACUCGUGAUAUUUGGUUACUUAUAUUACUCAGUGCGGAAGAUGGAACUGGUGAAAUCGAAACUUGGUAUCGCGUUCAGUGCUAGCAUAACGGUGAUGGGCUCCUUGUGUAUGACAUUGGGUGUGUGCUUCUUCUUUGGUUUGACUCUCAGUAUGAGCUACAAAGAAGUGUUUCCGUUCCUGAUGAUCUUUAGUCUCGAAAACGUUCUGGUGUUGACCCAGAGUGUCAUCAGCAUGCCCGCGCACUUAGACGUGAAGAUACGUUUCGCGCAGGGGCUAUCAAUGGAGGGAUGGUCCAUCACGAAGACUCUACUAACAGAAGUGACGAUCCUGACCAUCGGAUUGUUCACCUUCGUGCCCGUUAUUCAAAAAUAUUGCAUAUCCGCCAUAGUCGGAUUAGUGAGUGACUUCUUCUUGCAAAUGGCAUUUUACUCGACGGUCUUAGCGAUUGACAUUCGACGAACGGUGCUGUCUAACGAGAACUCGGCCAAGUUUCACUUAUCGCACAUUCCAACAUCGCGCAAACAGCAAUUCACCACUACCAUCACCAACAGGAAGCCUCAUAUAUUUCGCUCCAAGUCUCACCCUAAGUUGAACGGUUUAUACGCUGGUCCGACGAACGUUAUCGCCCCGAAUGCACAAAAUACUCAUACAACGAGCGGAAACAAGAUGCCAAAGCGCCUGAGAUUGGUGAAUUUCUGGGCGCGCACACGUUUCUUUUCAAAUACGUUCAUGAUAUGGAUGGUCGUAUGGAUCAGCAGGAUCAUUUAUGACUCCGGCAUCGUCGAGCACUUUAUACAUUUGAGCGAAACGUUGAAACCAGAAACUGACAUCGACGGAUAUACGAUAGACAGGCCUCAAUCUUUGAGCAAUUAUGUCGAAUUAAGUACUAUCACGCCUAUCUCUGUGUCGUCCGCGACAAUCAGCCCCGAAAGUUUAAACGAGCAGGACCUAAUUAACAACGCUACUGAAGAAUUAAACAAGCUAAAACCUGUUAAUUUUCCACCUUGGAAUAGUUUGUCGCUAUAUCAUUGGUCUUCGAUUCUCGCGAUGUACAACGUCUCGAUCGCCGGUGGGCGAAUGACUAUAUUACCAACGAUAAAACUGUCGUAUGCGAUGAACUCGCAAUUUGUGAAACAGAUCAGCAAUCCGAAUGACGUUCAACAUUUCCAAUGGCAGAGUCUAGCCACCGCCGCGCUCGAUCCUCUCGAUUUCUCCGAUAUGGAGGUACCGUCCAGGUCGGAGGGACGCAUAUUUAAUACGGACGCGCCUUUUGUGCCGUCGAGCCCGAUGGAGAUAUUUUUGGCCGCUCUGCUGUGUCUUAUUAGCGUCAUCGUCGUCGUUUAUACGAUGGUUAUGCUUUAUCGUUGCAUCUGCUCCCGAAAUUACGCGGAGUGGCGGACCAGCUGGCAUCGGCAAGACAAGACACAGGAUUCCGUCACUCAGUUGGUGCUGGAAGCGGUGCCCUUGGUCCUGGAAGGGCAUACGCAGGAAGUGGAGUGCAUAACGACCGACGGUAAUACCAUUGCCAGUACAUGUUUAGCUGGACACAUCAGAGUGUGGGACUCGAUCUCGGGUGAACAAUUGGCACAUAUCGAUAGGCGACAAUUCUUCAGCAGUCCGCAAAAGAUCCCGAACCACACCUCGCCGGAUGCGGACGAGCUGAUGUCGGACUACGAGAGCGGCUCGCCGCCUUCUAGAGGAGAAAUGGAAGCAGCGAAUUCAAUGGCGCUUUACUUGCCGACCUCGGCGAUAUAUCAGCGGAAAUUCUCCAACGUACAAGGAACUAACAGCAUCAACAAUAACAAUAAUCACAAGAGACGAUCUGUGGGAAAUACUUUGGACUGCGAGUAUCAAAUCAACGAGUUUCAUAGCGCCAAGCAGCAACCCUGGUUACGUCGAAGCUUGGAUAACACUUACGAUAUUCCCGAUCUGAAGUCGGCAGUCGAUAUCAGAUUCUCCUCGGUCAAAUUUACACCCACCCAGCAGAAUUAUGAUCGAGGUUUCGAUUUUGGAGAACGGUAUAGAACCUUGUUGGAGAAACACAACAGAUCGCUGGAAGAGAUGCAAAUGUCCAGGACCAGAGAACAGCCGAGCGUGCCUGUCGCCAGAUUGAACAACCGCGGCCUAGUCAACAGCACGUCCUCUAUAAACAUCGAUCGUGUGACACAAAUAUCACACGUCAUAUCCGCGAUUUGGUGUAUGGACUAUCAGGAAAAUCUCAUAGUAGUGGGAUGCGCUAACGGUAGUUUAGAAUUUUGGGAGGGUACGACUGGUAGAUUCAAGUGUUUCUUCGAUGAUGGAUCAGAACUCGGGAUUACUGCUGUUAAACUGAUCGGCAACAGAGUAGUGGCGGCCAAACUAAACGGCGCCGUUGAUUUUCUACAGCUCGAAAGUUACAGCGAAGGCCAUCAGAUUGAUUGGGGUUUUACGUCUUACAGGAGAACUCAUGUGCGAACGGGUAGCGCCGGUUCACCUAUGGACCUAAAUAAUAGUAUGCAGACAGAAGAAGAUAUGCGUUGCAUGAAAAUUAGCACGCAGAGAGCGCAUCAGCAAGUGAUCACCGUCCUCGAUAGCGAUCAUGGACACGUUAUAACGGGUAGUCAGGAUCAUAUCUUGAAAGUAUAUAGUUUAGAGGAUCAGCGACUUGAGCACACUUUGCAUGGGCAUUCGGGCCCGAUAUCGUGCCUCUUCAUUGACAGAAUAAGUUCCUCAACAUUCGGUAGUGGGUCCCAAGAUGGGUCAUUGUGUGUAUGGGAUCUCAAUGGGACAGGAACAUGCGUGUAUAGUAUUCAAGCCCAUGAUGGUGCUAUAGCUGCUGUCACGUGUUCCGUGUCAUAUGUAAUAAGUAUCGGAACGGAUGAGAGAUUGUGCGUCUGGGAACGUUUUCAGGGUCACCUACUGCAUACGCUGCCGGCACAUAGAGCGGCUUACAGCUUACAACUAGUAAUGCUGACGCAUCAUCUUCUUAUAACCAGCAAUCAGGGAUCAUUAGUGGUCUGGGACGUAAGAACGGGUGAACCCGUACGGGAAGUGAGAUUGGGUCAUAAAGACAGUUGCAUUUUCGUGAAACAGAUGCUGGCGCUGAGAGAUAGCGUUGUUUGCGACUUUGGUCGGCAGUUGAGAAUAGUCAGAUUUCCUCUGGUCUCUGAUAAGAUGGACUAAAUUCUCCGUAUGCACAUGUACAUAGUCGUUUCUCCUUGUCUAACAUUAUCACUCUAGAGAAGGAGAGAGAAAGAGAGAGGAAUCUUACAUUUCCUUUUUCUUCUUUUUUAGUCUACGCCUUAGAAAUAUAGAUUUUUAUACGACGUAUAUCUUACAUUCUCUGAAGAGUGAUGCAUAUUUCCAACAUGAGCUCGUGUCUCCGACCAUGUUAAACCAUUUUAGAACGUACAACUUUGCAAUAUCUCUCUAACGGAAAUACAUUUUUUUAUUUAACAUGACGUUAUAUCGCGUUCUUCGAUUUUUAUUGACAAACUGUCAACAUUAAUAGCAUUGAACAUGCAGUGAAAGAACUGAAGGAACGAUACGUUUAUAAUUGUAAACGUAUUCCUCAGAAUUUUGUUUCUUACAUUGAUGAAACCAAAAAAAUGAUCUAAAAUUCCGAGCGCUGAGCAAUUGUGUAAUUUCUCUUCGUUUAUUAUUUUUAUAUGUUUAGUGGCUGUGCUUUAUUUUGGAAUGUCUACUAGCUUUUUUGUUAUAUAAUGUAAAGGCUCUUUUAUUUAAACACCCCUUUUUUACGUUUCUAUAAGUAACAUCGUGGUAACGUACAAUGCAUGCAUUUGUUAAAACGGUGCUUUCUGAAGCUUAAGGCAAUCUAGCUUUUGAGAAAGCUGAUAUUUCUAACAGCAAAUUCGGCAAUGAUACAAUAAUUAUAAAAAUAUUACAUCAGAUAGUUAUGUUUUUACGUGAUAAAAUCGGUCCUAAAUUUUUGUAUCUAGUAAACGUUGAAGUUAGGAGUUCGUGUAAGGGUCAUAGAAAUUAUAGUCAUAGAAGUCAUAGAAAUUACGAAAUUUGUUCUUGACUGUUGAAAUCAUUAAAUCCUUUGAUAUAAUUUAUUUAUUAGAAUAUUGUUUUUCGCUGAAGUUUUCAUCUGUGAGUAUUUUCGUAGAAAAACAUUAUAUUUCAUAGAUGAAAUGAAGAAUGACCGACGUGAUAUACGUUAGGUUUUGAAAGUGCCUUUAUCAUAUCCGUCACUUCCAUUUUCUUAGCGAAAAAGUGGGUGGUAUAAUAAAUGUGAGCGAUUAUGACAAAAAGAGGUCGAAAUAACUUUGUUCCUCAUUACACGGUACAUAUUUAAGUAAAUCUGAUUUGAAAGGAAGAUUCGUUUUCUACUGAAUGUUUAGAAGCUUACGAUAUGUGUCUCGCUUAUAUUUAUGUAAUGACGUAGCGUGUCUAUUACCUUUAAAUACGAAAUGUUUGUUCUAACUACUGUUAUCUAACUAUUGUUAAAUUUAAUUGAACAAAUUUUAAUAUCUUAAAUUCAUUAGAGAGAAAUUUCGGAAAAAUUUUAUUUAAAUAUAUAUUGUGUCGAUCGACGUUAUGAUAUAAUUAAUUUAUUCACGGCUGAAGUUAAUUCAUAUAUAUAUAUAUAUAAUUAUAUUUAAAAGUUUCUUUUUUCCAGUUGUCUUCAAUCGUUCAACUGGAUAUCUCAGGUCUGUUACCUGAACUGCCUGAACUGGUACAGACUGAUACAAUUAGAAUGAAACAAAAUAGAUUUGUCAUGCUCUAACUUCUUGCACCAGUGAACACCAGUUCAGACAGUUUAGCUAAAAAGAAUAGACCUCUCUGUUCAUCGUCAUCGCAUUCUCGCAUUAUUUUAAACAUACUCGCGACAUACAUUUCAGUUUACAUAGCCUCUUAGGAACAACUCCUUAGAAACGGGGAAAUUCUUACUUAGAAUAAUGUGACGUGCUUUUUUAUCUUAUACGCGAACUAUUUUAUAUACAAUAGUGUGCAACGUUUGAGGAUCAGCAUGUACAAGUAUGCUUCUUUUUUGCUUUACUUAACACAGCAGCUGUCCCGAUUUGUCGGAUGCGCGUGGUAAUGGCACACAACUGAAAGUUCGAAGUUUGCUAAUCCAGUCAGCCCUUAGGAAGAACGUGCACCGCGAGUUAGGGAGUCUCGAUUUAUUAUAUAUAUUAUUCUACUUUCUCGCCGAUCUGCGGGAAAGCGUUGGCGACUGCGAUCUAACGGGUACGAUGAAUUCUGCUUGCUUAGUGCGCAUGAGAGAAAACUCGAGAUAAAACUCUUUUAGGUUUAAACGCAUGUACGUUGAUCUUCUUCCUCGAGAGGACGCGAUGCUCUCAUAGUAAAAAAUCGCAGAUAGUGAAUUUUAAUCUGGGAGUAUGAUGGCGUAUCGGACAAUAACGAGGAUAACAAGUUAAUUGGACUUAUAUAUCCAGAUGUCGUUUGAUUUUCUUCUUAUCCGACUUAUUGUCUUAUUAAAAAUUAUUAUCGUCGAUGAAAGUAAUGUGCGAAUCUUUCACGAUGAACCCACGAAUUACCGUCAAGCCACUGCUCGCGGAUUAAUCGUAUUUUAGACUGAAUGUAUUAUGUGUAUAUAUAUAUGACUGAAUGUAUUGUGUAUGUAUAUGUAUACACACAUAUACACAACAGUUUUUAUUGAUAAAUAUUUUAUUUUCGGAUGUUCUAUGCGAGAGACUCUAGCGAAUCUGCGACCGUGAUCAUCGAGCCAUCGAGAGAUAGCAAAAGCGUAUAGACACAUAUAUUUUUCUUAAGCAACUUUCUACGUCACGAGACACCGCGUAAUUCGAUUGUAUCAAUAGGGAAAUAAACGAAGAGAAGAGAGUUUUCUAGGAUAGAAAGAAAAAGGGAGAGAGAGAAGAGGGGAAAAGACAGACGAUGUUACACCUCUAAUGGAACAUUAUCGCCUGACGAAGGAUUGUUUAGACAAGACAAGAAUCCAUGUGAUCUUUCUAUUUAUGUAAUUAAUUUAACGCAGGUACGAAUCGAUCAGAAAAAUGUAUUGUUCUAAAUAAAUUGUCAUCUUUAAUACA